AUGGGUCGUGAGCAGCUCGCUCUUCCGCAUCUGCGAAAUCUAUGUGAGAAACAUGCGCAGAAGUAUCGGAAGGGGUUCCCAGGAGCAAAGGCUGCGUUUUUAAACUGGGCUGAUCAUGUUCUAGUCCAUGUCAGUGGUGGUAUGAAUCCCGUCUGUCGACCAAAGUGGUUGGAGAGAAAACUUGAGAAUAUCUGCGCACCUGCACUUGGCCCUCUUGCAAUGAUCGGUGAGGAGUGGAAAAGCCUGUUUGACUCUGAGUGCGAGACUCGUGCUCCUCCUGUUGAGCUUCUAGACCAGUACUACGCCGCGAAUUUGGAGGAUUUCGCCCCAUGGUAUGACCGACUCGUGUCGCUGGUAGGACAAUUAGCAGUGUUUUAUCCUGAGAUGAAUAUUCUGGAGAUGACUAGUAGUCGAACGGAUCAAGUGACAAAACGCGUGCUGAGGGAGAUUGGGACUGCCUACAAAACCUAUACACGGGCAGUCAUCAGCGGGUCGAUGAUGGUACCGAGCACGAAGCCACCUGCACAACCAUUCAUCAAAGAACAGGAUCUAGAAGACCAGUCAUUUGAACCAGAUUUCAUCGAUCUCAUCAUUGUUCAUCAAGCCCUUUACAACACAAAGUCCUUAACCAACACCCUCACAAUGCUUCGUCGUCGCCUCAAAAUAGGGGGCUACCUCCUCGUUCUUGAAGAACCAAUCCCCACUCGAUUCACCGAAACCUCCUGCUUCCAUUAA